CUAUAAUUUUCUGACAAGUUCCUGGUAACAGAGCCUAAACAAACAAUGAAUUGUUUUUAUUAUUUGAUAAAAAAACUAUUCUUAAUAUUGGCAAACAAAUYAAUGGACAAAAAAUGCAUGAAAGGUGACAGGCACAAAGAGUGAAGUGAUGUCAACCAAAAUCUUUAAAAGACUUACAGAAAACAGAAAGAGUCACUCAGAACCACUCUGAAAAGAAAGGCGCACAACAAAGUCAAGUAUUAAAAUAAAAAUUAAAGAUAUAAAAAAAUCAACUCAUGCAUUAAUUCAUCUACUUUUAAAACAUUCUUCCUUUAGGGAAAUUACGCAAAAGGCUCUGAAAGCUGUGGAACAGGUUUGUCCAGUGCCCAACMCAGCAUAUAAAAGCAGAACUCCCUGGGAUGUUAUCAACAGACAGAGAGCUACAUCUUCAUCAGCUGACGAACACUAAAGGUGUCAACAUGAAAUUGCAACUGCUGCUGGUUCUGGCUGUGGUGGCACUGGUGCCAAGCCUCUCUGAGGGCCGAGUUUUCAGCAAAUGUGAGCUAAAAACUCUAUUUCAGACGGCCAUCACCCUGCCUGGAAAACAUCAAAAACACAAAGAAGAAAUCCUGGCAGCAAUUAUCUGUCAGCUGAAUGCAACGUCUGGUCUGAACAGCAACCUGGUCACCGUGGAGGGAAUCCGUGAAUCCAGCACCACAGCCCAACCAUCAACUCUUGCACCAACAGGAAACCCAAUAGAACCAGUAAAGCAAACCACCAAUCCACCAACCAACACAACACAAACCACCAAUCCACCAACCAACACAAGAGAACCCACCAUAAUGCCAAACACCGCUACAUUAACCACCAUUGCACCAAGCACUACAACUCCAACCAAUGCUGCAGCUGCAGAUGUCACCACUGCAGGAUUAGCAUCUCCUAGUUCAAGCACUCUAUCUGGCUUCAGAAGAAAGAAGAGGUCCUCCUCCAGAAAAAGRGAAAAGAAGGAGAAGUCAUCAGAAGAAUCUGUUUUUGAUGUGAAAUGGGAGUGUGACCAUGAGGUGCAGGAAGAUGAUAAUGGCAUGAYAAAACAUAAGAGAGGAAGCUCAGAAAGCUCUGAGGAGGAUCAGGAGACAACUGAUUGGUCCCUUGGCAAGUAUGGAAUCUUCCAGCUGACAGACAGCCACUUCUGUUAUUCUGGUUAUCGCCGGUCCAGAAAUGUAUGCCACACAGACUGCUCUGCUUUCACUGAUGAUGACAUCAGCGAUGACAUUGAAUGCGUCCUGGACAGUAGAUACUUGGG